CUUCUGCGCAUGCGCACUUCUUUACUCACAGGAAGGACCCUCACGUCCCACAGAGGAUAUUAAAUCUACUUAAAAAGCUCUUAGGAGCUCAUCUCCAGGAGUAAAGCUGUAUAAGCACUGGCCCGACCGGACCGAAGGAAGUGGCGCGUCGUACGGGGAGCUGCCAGUGGACAUCGUCAUGAGUUAUAAGCCCAUUGCUCCUGCGCCGUCUGGCUCCAACCACACGCCGCCUGGCUCCUCCGUGCCCUCUCCUUCGCUCCCGUCAUCAUCCAACUUCCGACCAGCCUUCAGCGACUUUGGCCCGCCCUCCAUGGGCUUCGUUCAGCCCGUUAAAGUCAGUCAAGGGUCGACCUACAGUGAACUUCUGUCAGUCAUUGAGGAAAUGAGUCGUGAGAUCCGACCCACAUACGCUGGAAGCAAAAGUGCAAUGGAGAGAUUAAAGAGAGGUAUUAAACAACACUCAAACACCAGCACACCCGGCAUUUUGUCCAAGAAGCAAGAUAGUCCAUUAUUCACAAUUUAUGCAGAUUUAAGAUUGGUGAUGGGUGCUUCAUGAUGACAACCAGAUCAAGACCUAAUUGUUGAAGUUUAAUUCAGGUCACGUAUUUUUAGUACUUAUGGUGGUGCAGCUAUUAAACACCCAAACUAAUUCGGUGUAAUUGCUUUGGCCAAGUGCGCGUUUGCCGGUAAUUGAUAUCUUGGGUGAGUUUGACUUCCACAUGAGGGUAGAUUCAGGCAGAUUUUUUUAAUAUUCCAUAUUCAAAUGCCUUAUCUGUUCCAGGUAUCAUUCAUGCACGCGCACUGGUCAGGGAGUGUCUGGCAGAGACGGAAAGAAGCGCCCGUACAUAACCCUUCCUACCCCAUCCCCAUCCAUCAUCCGUUGUUAGUUCUUAUUCUCUGGGUGUUUUUUUUUUAAAUUACAUUGGCCUUGUCAUUCUACCAGGCCAUUCUCUUGAAACUACUAGUUCCAUUUUCCUUUUUUUUUUUCAAACGGCCUGUGGAUAUUUUAAGUAGAGCCGUGCGUAAAAAGUAGAUUAAACCAUUUUAUAUUUGUUGACAGCCAGACAGACCAAAUUAUGUCUCCUUUAAGUUAAAACCAAAACUUGUUCUCAAGUUGUGAUUUUUUUCCCCCUUACCUUUAUUCAUUUGCGCAUCAUGAAUCAAGACCAUUUGCUUUCCUGCUCACCUGCAUUGGUCCUAUUUUCUAGUCAACGUUCAACAAGAACUAUGUACUGUACCUCUCUCAAGUCAAUUUGUUAUUGUGGGAAUUUUGUAAACCAAACUUUUGCAGUUCAGUAUGUAUAUCUUAAUUAAAUGAUAUAAAAUAAA